AUGAAAGGUGCUCCCGAAAACAUGAAUGGAGCCACAAAUGGCACUCGCACCACACGCCGAGCUGUGGGUAUUGCCGGAUGUUCUGGGGGAGUUUUCGACCGGAUUGAAGCAAUUGCCAAUCUAUCUAAGAACCCUCAUGUGGAUGUGAUCACGGGUGACUGGAUGUCUGAAAUGAAUAUGACAUUCAGAGGUUCCUCGAAAAUAGACCGUGAAGCCCUUGGUCAGGAGAAUGGAGGCACGACGUCGUACGAAGCUACGUUCAUUGAAGCACUCAUCCCAGCAAUCCCCGAUAUCGCUGCGAACAGAAAAAAGGUCGUCGUCAAUGCUGGUGCCAGUGACAUUGAAGCAAUGGCAAAACGUGUCCAACAAAUCUGCAAGGACAAAGGCACUGAUCUGAAAGUAGCCUGGAUCACCGGAGACGACGUGACAGAAAAGGUCACGGACCUUCUUGCAAAAGGAGAAGAGUUCCUGUCCUUACCUGCAGACCAGCCGAUACAAGACUGGGGGUGGGCUCCUGUCUGUGCUCAAUGCUACCUCGGAGGAGUAGGAGUCGCGGAGGCUCUGGCCACUGGCGCCGAUAUCGUGAUAGGCGGUCGUCUUUCUGACGCUUCACCUGCUCUGGGGGCUGCGAUCUGGUGGCAUCAGUGGUCACGUCAAGACUUCACGCAGCUUGCGCAUGCCUUGAUUGCUGGGCACCUUAUCGAAUGCAGCACAUACGUGACCGGUGGGUACUACACUGGUUUCAAGAAGGAGCUCCUGGCCAAAAACAAUUGCACCAAUUUCGGCUUUCCGAUUGCACAAAUCGAGGAGAGUGGUGAGUUUACCAUCACGAAGGAGGAAAACACGGGAGGGAUUGUGAGCGUGGACAGUGUCUUAUCGCAAUUGCUAUAUGAGAUUCAAGGGGUCUACUAUCACAACUCGGAUGUAACUGCGGAGCUGAGGCAUAUCAAAAUGACCCAAGACGGCCCGGAAAAGGUCCGCGUCUCUGGGAUCGUUGGACAUCCUCCACCACCAACAACCAAAGUGGGCAUCACAGCCAAGGGCGGUUAUCAAGCCGAGUUCCACUUCUUCUUGACCGGCCUCGACAUCGAGGAAAAGCGUCAAAUGGUUGAACGUCAGACAGUCGCUUCUAUGGGACAUUAUCGCAAAGAAUUCCACACUCUCACCUUCACCGUGACAGGAUCGCCGGCCCCAAAUCCAAAGAACCAGGACGAAGCCACCGUGGACCUGCGCAUCUUCGCUCAGACGAAGAAUCCCGAUAUCAUAUCUGCAGGGUCCAAUAUAAGCGUUACCCCCGACACGCCCUGCUUUGCACGUUGGUGUGUCGAGAACUGCCUGAUGGGCUAUCCAGGCUCCACCCCUGCUUUGGAUAUGCGGCAGGCGGUUGGCAAACCAUACUUUGAGUAUUGGGUGGCCUUGCUACCCCAAACGGAAAUCCAGCAGCAAGUCCAUGCCUUCCAUGGAUCGACAAUUGAUAUCAGCCCGCCAGAGGUCACGAAGACCUUCCCCCGUCAACAACCGUGCUCAGAGACAGAAAACCCGCUCGCACCAGGCUCCUGGGGUCCGACGACAAAAGCUCCUCUCGGCCAUAUCGUGCAUGGUAGGUCAGGAGACAAAAGCUCUGAUGCCAAUGUUGGAUUCUUCGCCCGGGACGACGAGGAGUGGGAAUGGCUCAGGUCCAGCCUAACCAUUCCUACGGUCAAAAGUCUCCUGCAAGACGAGUACAAGGGUGGGAGGAUCGAGCGCUUCGAGAUGCCGCAUGUUCGGGCGGUUCAUUUCCUCUUGAAGGACCACCUCGACCGCGGCGUCAAUUCUACGGCGAGCUAUGACUCUCUGGGCAAGAACGUAUGCGAAUACUUGCGAGCCAAGUGGGUGAAUAUUCCAACUAGGUAUCUGGACAAAGGCAAGAUUUGACAUAUUGAAAUGUGUACGGCCUGUAUCACUGUGAAACGUCUAUGGAAGAAAUCAUGACCAUCGAGUGCUUCACAUGCCAGAAGGCUGUACACCUGGUCGAUCAGCUCAUUGUACAGAAUAAUUGUGGCAGUAGGAAGAUCACUUGGUGCCGGUGACCUCUCGUGGACUGGGAUGAUAUGUUGAGCUAGUAGAUAUUUUCAAGCAGGUUUGCUGAGAGCUCGAGAGCUCUUCGAAUCGUCACACAUGUUAUUGGUCAC